CGUGUGCAGACAGAUCCAUCGAGGUUCUGACUCCGGCAGAGGAGGACGUGGAGGUGAAGCAGACUGUGUUGUUUCCUCGCAGCAAAGAGGACUACUACGGGAGGCUGAGUGAGGAGUGCAGAGACAGUCAAAGCUGUAACAAACACAUGGAUAGUUUGAAGCAACCUGAGUGUGAGGAGCCACCACAGGCUAGAUACCCUCAGGCCGCCCCUGCACCUCCACCACCCUCUGCUUCAGGAAGAACCGCAGCAAGGAGAAUAGAGCAGGUCCAGAUUGCCGCAUCGGUUAUUAAAGGUUUUAAUCAGUCCAAGGCAGCUGGGAGUGAGAGAAGCGCCUCUGCUGAUAAGACAGUAUUUCCUGAUACAAACCUCCUGGCUGAGAGGAAACUCCUGGGUGACAUGAAGAACAUUAAAUCGCUGAAGGAGUCAGGGAUGUCAGGAGUCUUUGCUGGACAAGCAAGCAAGAUGGUGGUCCUGCCAACUGAGGAGGCUAACCUGUCAGACAUCGACUAUCUGGUGCCCACCCACGAUGAGAAAGGUCACCCCAUAGCUGAGUGGAAGAGGCAAGUCAUGGUGAGGCAACUACAGGCCAGGCUGCUGGAUGAGGAGGAUCAGAGGAGGAAGGAAAAUGGGAACAGAUAUGCCAAAGUCAGCUGGAGGUACUCCCAAGCCCACAAUGCCAUCCUGGGACCCUCCGGUGAGCUGCUGACUGAGGAUGACCUCAUCUAUCUGGAGCAGCAGAUUGCCAACGUCUCUCUGCAGAGGAACUGUGCAGGUUACGAGCUGGAGCUGGCUCGUCUGGCUGAGGAGCUCAGGCACAUCCUCCCAGCUCCCAUCGUCAACAUCACUGUCAACACCCAGUUCAGGAACUUCAAGAGCCAGGUUCCCCUACCUGUUUGGUGUGGCCGGAUCUCAGGCAUCGUCAAAAGCAUGUCUCUCCUCAUGACCAACCUGACAGACCAGCCCUACUGUAAGAUGCCCAACACUGAACUCAUCACCGUGUUUUCCCAGGCCCCGGACAGACAGAUCUCCAAUAGGGUGCGCAGGGAGAGCAUCGAGGAUGAAAUCCAUCAUUUCGGAGUGUCUGUGAGGACUUUGAGGUCAAACUUUGAGAAUCAGGGCACAUCCUUACCAGACCAUCCAGAGGAAGGCCUUACGUUCUGUCCUUCCUCUCUGCUUGAAGAUAGACAGUUGAAGGAGUUGCAGCCGGCAGCUGAAACAGACCAGAACAGUGAUUCUGGGAUCGAUAAUGAUGAAAACGUGGCAGAUGUCCAGGAAACCACCAGCCUCAGGAAGGAGCGCAUAGUAGUCCUCUUUUUAGGUCACUGGAAAAAGUCUGCCUACUCGGUGACACUGAAGAGCAGGGAUGCGGUCAAAAGGACGAUGAGCAAUGGCAGCACUGGGGCUCAUGCAGAGUAUGGUUCUGGUGCAGCGGACAGCGCGGAAGGCGACGAGUCUGUGAUGAUGAACAGCUCACUGGGACAUUUCUUUAAACAGAGGAGCGCCGUCAACAAGAUGCUGGGAAACUGGAGGAAGAUGAUCUCCAGCGUCCCCUCCAGACAGAUACACAGGCUGCACAGACAGAAGGCCCUCCUCUCCCCAGAACAGUUCUUACCUCGUCUGGACGGCGUGCCGGUUGACUACGACAGCCUGACCCUGGAUCUCUUCAUGCUGGGUUACUUUCACAUCUUGGAGUUGGAUCUCUCCGUGGAUGAAAGGAAAAUGAGGCACUUGCUGUGUUUCGAGGUAUUCGACCGUGUGGGGAAGUUCCCCUGGGAGACAAUCAGAGAGUUUCACAAGGCUGUUGUUCAGGACAUUGAGGCUGGGAACCGUGAGUGGAAGGAUGGCUUUGAGGACAUUAAAGUAAAAUUCUUUGGAAACACUGUGAGCAAGCCUGAAGAUGCAUCCAAUGUGGUGAAACACAGCCUGCCAGAGGUUAGGCAGGUUCCUAAAGUCAUCGUUCAGACACCUACGCCCGAUGAGAACAUGCUCUGUGGUGGAACUGAUAUUUCCAGUUUCAGCAAUGAAGAAAUAUGUCAAUACAUUGAUCGCAGUUUUGCUUUUUGGAAAGAGAAAGAGGCGGAGAUCUUUGAUUUUGAAUAGUUUUUUUAUGCUUUAUAGUCAAUUAUGAGUUGUGAAACAUAGGAAACACCUUCUUUCCUUUUCUUUUAAACAUUUCAAAUGUUUGCUUGAAUUUUAUCAGUUGUGUCUGAUAUAAAUGUUCAUUUGUAUGUUUUUAUACUGUUUUAUUGCACUGUGCUUGGAAAUUAAAAGACAAUUU